UCCUCUGGUUCAAGAUCUCCGAUUGCGCCGGCAGACUUCGUUCGUACACGGCGUUACAUUAAUAAUAUCCCGCUCUUUUCUUCUUCUUCUUCUUCUUCUUCUUCUUCUUUCUAUCUCUGAAAGGCUAAAGAAAAAUGGCAGACCAGGCAACGAGUUCCGUUGCUGCAAACUCUAUGCCUUCAAGCAGUGAAAGAUCAUCUAGCUCCGCUCUUCAAAUCAAAGAAGGUAUGGAGAGUGAUGAAGAGAUCAGAAGAGUGCCGGAAAUCGGAGGAAGAGAAAUAUGCGGAACUUCAGGAUCGGGUCGAGAGAUAACUUCAGUGUCUGGUCCGGAAAGGGUUCAUUCAACUUCUGAAGGGUCUAGGAAGAGAGGAAGAAGUCCUGCAGAGAAAGAGAACAAACGGCUCAAGAGAUUGUUGAGGAAUAGGGUUUCUGCUCAACAAGCAAGGGAAAGGAAGAAGGUGUAUUUAACUGAGUUAGAAGUUAGGGUUAAGGAGCUUGAGAAGAAGAACUCUGAAUUGGAGGAGAGAUCAUCUACUUUGUUGAAUGAGAAUCAGAUGCUUAGACAUAUAUUGAAGAACACUACAACAGGGAUUCAAGAAGGAAGGAAGUAAGAAGAUGGGCUUGAACCAGACAGAGAGAUUUCAUACUUAACUAUUGGUUAGGUUCUUUCUUGUUACUUUUGAAACUCCCAAAAAUGUAGGAUUGAUAAUAGGUUCUUGUUAACAUAUAUAUAUAUAAUUAUAGGGUUGUUGUUAAUUACUUACUGGCUGACUGUAUGAUCUAUCAAACCAUCAAUCUUUCAAUCUUACAUGACUUCAUUCAAGUUUAUUCAGUUCAAUUCUACAUG